CAUUGGGUAAGUUUGUACGUGCCGCACAGCGCCAUGAAAGUGAGACCGCCUCUCAGUGCACAACGCCCCCUACUCACGCUCCUCGUGCUUGAAAGUUCUCUUUUGAUUAUUCCCCUUCGUUGUGGCCCAAUACCGCGUUGAGGUCUGGUAGUAGAGAGCUAACCAAAUCACCAAGUAAGGGGGAGUGUUACGGUCUACAGUGCAGAUCAUCCGCGAAGCCAAGAUGACCAAACGCAAAGGAAAAAGUACCAAUAAACAGGACGACAGUUUGCUGCUCUUGGAGACGCCAUCCGUAACACCACCGAGGGGAUUUAAAGAAUAUGCUGUCCCUGCCAUUGUUUUCUUUAUUUUCGCUGUCGGGGGAUCAACGGCAGUCUGGUUCUGCAGCCAGCAGCAGCAAACCAUCGACAGUCUAACAGAGACAGUCAAUGCAAUGCAACUUAGGAUAACCAAGUUCCAACAGCAGUUGGGAAUGGGUAAUGCACAGAUUGCCAAUUUGGGUGUUUUCGAAGAGCGCCUACAAGCACUGGAAGAAGCUUACACACAGGCCCAAAAAAAGGCAGACGUUGCACUGGCCACUUCAGAAAAAAUCAAAUCUACUGAUCUUCAAAAUCAAUUCUGGUCUCUUCAGUCUGAGAUGAAUGGCAAACUUUCUGAACUCCAGCAGGAAUCUGUAUCCACUGCAACAUUGAAUGCAGUGGUCAAAAAUAAGACUGAAGAGAUUGAAACACUGAAGCAGAGGCUUAAUUCUCUCCUUACUGCAAACUCUGAGGUAGCUGUUACCAUUUCUGGGCUCACAGACACUGUUUUGGUCACCAAAUCACGUCUUGACGAGCAGAUGUCCACUACAGAGGGUCUCACAUCUGAGUUGGCGGAACAAAGAAUGGAACUUUCAAGC